AUGUGCAGAAGACCAGCCACAACAGCCCAAGUGAAACCAGUAACGCAACACAGGCAUAUGCUCUCAAGGGCGACUAAGGUCCAGUCCGUCCUGGGCCAGGAUUCAAUAAGCUUACAAGCUUAUCAUGACUCUGUUCCCUUCGACUCUGUUCCCCUCGACUCUGUUCCCGUCGACUCUGUUCCCCUCGACUCUGUUCCCCUCGACUCUGUUCCCCUCGACUCUGUUCCCUUCGACUCUGUUCCCCUCGACUCUGUUCCCCUCGACUCUGUUCCCCUCGACUCUGUUCCCUUCGACUCUGUUCCCCUCGACUCUGUUCCCCUCGACUCUGUUCCCCUCGACUCUGUUCCCCUCGACUCUGUUCCCCUCGACUCUGUUCCCCUCGACUCUGUUCCCCUCGACUCUGUUCCCCUCGACUCUGUUCCCCUAGCUGAGAACAGGUCUCCGUGUGCUAAACAACACCUGAGAAUGUUCACCAUGAACACCUGA